AUGAGAAACUCUGGUAACGAAAACACCAACAAUGGUGAGAAUGAUUUUGCGGAGAUGGAGUAUAUGAACAUAACCAUUGUUACUUCAAACGAACCUUAUGGAAUAUCCGACAGUUCAAAUCCGUUCUUUUAUAAAAGAAGAACUCCAAAGUUUAACCUUACCCUUGGAGGAGUUCACAGUGGUCAUGUCCAGAGGAAUUUGCGCGAUCCAAUCUGCAUACCGAGAAGCAAUAAAGGAAUGUGCAAGGAUGGCUACACACAAGAGACCUCCGGGCCUGAUUCAGUCCGUGUUCUUGUCGCAACACGAGCUAAACCGAACAUAAACUUCAAAAGUGAUCUGGAUAGAGAAUUCUAUGAAGAUUUCUUGGAAGUUUUGAAUAGACCUGAAGAAACAGGGAGGUUUAACUUUUCAUCUCAGUUUCUGUACUAUAGAGAAGAGUUAUUCUUAGCAGAUCUCAGUAACACACGGCUAGGAGGGAACCCUGUUGUUUUUGAUAUGGACAUGAGUGCUGGAGAUUUCCUCUCUCUCUUUUAUCUUCUUAAAGUUCCGAUGGAAGUUAUAGAUUUGAAGGCGAUUAUCGUGAGCCCAACAGGUUGGGCUAACGCAGCCACAAUCGAUGUGGUCUACGAUCUGCUUCAUAUGAUGGGACGCGAUGACAUUCCGGUCGGUCUAGGAGAUAUGUUAGCAUUGAACCAAUCUGAACCGGUAUUUUCAUCUGUUGGAGAUUGCAUGUACGCCAAAGCGGUUCCACAAGGCUGUGGCGGUUUUCUUGAUUCUGACACUCUCUAUGGCCUUGCUCGUGACCUCCCAAGAAGCCCUCGUAGGUAUCUAUAUAUACACCAUAAUUCAGAGAAACAUGGAGCUCCGAGGGACACUGAUAGGCCUGAACUCCGACAACCUCUGGCACUUGAAGUUUGGCAAAAUAUUCUGACCAAAUCUGUUAGUGAAGUGUCUAAGAUCACCGUACUAACCAAUGGACCCUUGACUAGCUUAGCCAAGAUUAUCUCAUCAGAUAAAACAUCAUCCUCACUAAUCAAGGAAGUUUACAUCGUGGGUGGACAUAUAAGCCGUAAGAAAUCAGACAAAGGGAACAUUUUCACAGUUCCCUCGAAUGCAUAUGCCGAAUUCAAUAUGUUUCUUGAUCCUUUAGCAGCUAAGAUAGUUCUUGAAUCCGAUCUAAACAUCACACUCAUCCCUCUAGCAACCCAACGCAAGUUGAGUUCUUUCCAACCACUGCUAGAUAGACUGUAUUCCUCAAGAAAAACACCGGAAGCUCGGUUUGUGAAACGGCUUCUUGCUAGAUUGCAAGCUCUUCAUCAGAAUCACAGGAGAUACACGCACAUGGACAUGUUCUUAGGGGAAAUUAUUGGAGCAGUUCUCUUGGGAGGCGAUCUUGCUACAUUGAAGCCGAAACUGCGAUCUGAGCAAAUAAAAGUGAUCGCUGAAGGGGAUGAAUCAAAAGAUGGUCAGAUAUUGAUUGAUAAACUGCGGGGAAAACAAAUAAAGAUACUUGAAAGAGUAGAUUUGAGAGGUUGUUAUGAGAGUUUUGCUUCUAGACUCGAUGAUAAGAAACAAUCUGCAGUCAUAGGAAGCUUUGAAGAACAAAGGAAAAGAUGGAACACACCACAACCAAUUACCUCUCAAACAUUUGAUUGAAUUUAUAUGCUUACCGAUUGCUCUUUCCUCAAACUGUUUAGUUCAAUGCUUUAAUUAGACAGAAACUACAAAGAGAAGAAAAAAAAAAAAAAGUGAUAUCCUAUGUGGUUUUGUGCCACUGGCCAGACAGGACACAGAGUUGACAAUACCAAGAAAUACACUUAUAUUAUAACCUAUAGAGUAUUUGACUGAAUCUAUAUGUGUACUGUUUACAUAUUCUUCUUUUCAGGGACAUUUAUAGUUUUACAGAACUCUCCUUGGAACAAAGUUCACCAACAACAACAACUCUACAAGAAACAACAA